AUGAAUCGGAGUUUGGUGGGACUGAUUGCCAGCUUGAGUGGUGGAGAGGAAGGUUCAGAUGUUGGAGCAUUGGUUGGAGCGCUGUCGGCCGCCAUCACCAACAUAUUUGGGCCCGACGGUUUAGAUGUCCCAGGGCUACUAGGAACCGGAACCGGAUUGAUUGCUGGUCUACUAGGGGGCGACGAAAACUUCGGCAAGGUACUGGGAGGCUACGUAGGUAUUGCCGUUGAAGGACUCUCCGGCGGAGGCGCUGACAACAAUGGGGCAUUUUUCGGCAAUUUCCUUGGUGCGGUGAUCGCCGCCUUGAGCUCGGACCCGGACGAUGAGGAUCUUCCACUAAGACCGGAGCUGUUCAUCAAAAAUUUCUUCAGCGGUUUGCAAGAUGCUAAGCGGAAGGGUGAUGCUGAUGCCGAAGGAUGUGGCGAUAGUUGCAAGGGAUCCGACCUGUUUGGUUUCAUCGGCAACAUCGUGGCUUCGAUCGUUGGUGGAGUGACCAGUCUGGUGUUGAAUGCCUCGCUCGGUUCGUCCGGUGGUUCCUCGCAGGGUUCGGCUGACGCUUCCGGUGCGUCCUCGGCUGGUAGCAGUGGUGACGGCUGCAAGCAUCCGUGUGAUGCGACUUUACACUAG